CGCUGCCCAUCACAGGCGUCAGGUGUAGCCUCUGGUGUUUUAUGGUUCUUUAAUGGGUGGAGAUGAGCGCCACCAGCAACACCAGACUGAGCCCUAGUCCUAAUUUACUGCAGGUCAAUGAGCCAAAGCGCUAUGGCUCAACGCUGUCACUGGAGGAAAAGUGUGAACAGUCUUUCUUCCUCUUCUACUACUACAGGAUGGAGGACGAGGCGGUGGUGGAUCGCGGGGCGUCCUUACUCAAGCACCUCUGUGAUGAAGAGGAGGUAGAGGGUCACCAUACCAUUUACAUUGGAGUCCGUGUGCCGAAGAGCUCCCGGCGUCGGAAGCGCCAUCGCCGGAGAACCAGCCACAAGGACAGAAAGGAGAGGUUGACAGCUAAUGCGUUUGACAAGUCAGACACGGGCAACAACGACGAGGCCAGCAACAGCAUCCUCAAACCUCUCAUCUCGCCGGCAGCUGAGAGGAUCCGUUACAUAUUAGAGGAUGAUGAUGGCCCGGCUCCCCCACAGCUCUUCACUGAGCUGGAUGAGCUGCUGUCGGUUGAUGGACAAGAGAUGGAGUGGAAGGAGACAGCCAGGUGGAUAAAGUUUGAGGAAAAAGUAGAAAAAGGGGGAGAGCGCUGGAGUAAACCCCAUGUGGCGACCUUGUCCUUACACAGCCUGUUUGAGCUGCGUACAUGCAUAGAGAAAGGCACAAUCAUGCUGGACAUGGAGGCUUCCACUCUGUCUCAGGUUGUUGAGAUGAUCACUGACAACCAGAUAGAGAUCGGCCAGCUGAAAGCAGACCUUAAGGACAAGGUGAUGUACACGUUGCUACGGAAACACCGCCACCAGACUAAGAAGUCCAACCUCCGCUCCCUGGCUGACAUUGGGAAAACGGUCUCCAGUGCAAGUAGGCUGUUUUCCAACCAGGACAACGAUAGUCCAACUACGCCCCACAAGAACCUGGCAUCCAGCAGCAUGAAUGACAUCUCUGACAAACCUGAGAGGGACCAGCUGAAAAACAAGUUCAUGAAGAAGUUGCCGAGAGACGCGGAGGCCUCCAACGUGCUGGUGGGAGAGGUGGAUUUUCUGGAUGCCCCCUUUGUGGCAUUUGUUCGUCUGCAGCAGGCGGUGAUGCUGGGAGCAUUGACUGAAGUCCCUGUUCCUACAAGGUUUUUGUUCAUCUUGCUUGGACCCAAAGGCAAAGCGAAGUCAUAUCAUGAGAUUGGCAGAGCAAUCGCUACACUGAUGUCCGAUGAGAUCUUUCAUGACAUUGCAUAUAAGGCGAAGGACAGACAAGACCUGCUGGCUGGUAUCGAUGAGUUCCUGGAUGAGGUGAUUGUACUUCCUCCAGGAGAGUGGGACCCGACCAUCAGGAUAGAGCCGCCCAAAUCUCUUCCCUCUUCAGAUAAAAGGAAAAACAUGUAUGCAGGAGGGGAUUCCCAGAUGAAUGGAGACGCGCCUCAUGAUGGAGGUCAUGGAGGAGGUGAACAUGCAAUGGGGGAGGAGCUUGAGAAGACUGGAAGGUUUUGUGGGGGCCUGAUACUUGACAUAAAGAGAAAAGCGCCUUUCUUUGUCAGUGACUUCACUGACGCGCUUCACAUCCAGGCCUUGUCGGCCAUUUUGUUUAUUUACUUGGGAACUGUGACAAAUGCCAUCACCUUUGGCGGUCUGCUGGGAGAUGCUACAGAAAACAUGCAGGGUGUACUGGAGAGUUUUCUGGGCACUGCCAUUGCUGGCGGUGUUUUCUGCUUGUUAGGGGGCCAGCCACUUAUUAUUUUGAGCAGCACCGGUCCGGUACUGGUGUUUGAAAGGCUGCUUUUCAACUUCAGCAGGGACCAUGAGUUGGACUACCUGGAGUUCCGCCUAUGGAUCGGCCUGUGGUCAGCGUUCUUCUGCCUGGUGCUCGUUGUCACAGAUGCCAGCUUCAUGGUGAAAUACUUCACCCGCUUCACAGAGGAGGGCUUCUCGUGUCUAAUCAGCUUCAUCUUUAUCUACGAUGCCUUCAAGAAGAUGAUUAAAUUAGCUCACCACUACCCCAUCAAUUCAGACUACAAUAUGGAAAACAUCACACAGUAUGAAUGUCUCUGCAUGUCACCUGUGGUCUCAGAAAACGAGACAGAGCUGCUUGACGAUCCUUUAGGGGAUGGAUCAACGUGGUACUUGAACAACAAUGGCCUGGUACAAAACCGCUCAUGGUCAAGGCUAACAAAGUCAGAGUGCUUAAUGUACAAUGGAGAGCUGGUGGGAGAGGCCUGUAACUAUGUCCCAGACAUCACCCUCAUGUCCUUCAUUCUCUUCUUUGGUACCUACACUACCUCCAUGUGUCUUAAGAAGUUCAAAACAAGUCAAUUUUUCCCCACCACUGUAAGGAAGCUCAUCAGUGACUUUUCCAUCGUCCUGGCCAUCCUUAUCUUCUGUGGGGUUGAUGUUUUCGUGGGAGUUGACACUCCUAAACUUAUUGUGCCAAGUGAAUUUAAGCCAACAAGCAAUCUCAGAGGCUGGUUUGUGCCUCCAUUUGGAGGAAACCCCUGGUGGGUUUAUCUGGCCUCUGCUCUUCCUGCCCUCCUCGUCACUAUUUUGAUCUUUAUGGACCAACAGAUCACUGCUGUGAUUGUGAACAGGAAGGAGCACAAGCUAAAGAAAGGGUCAGGAUACCAUCUGGAUCUGUUCUUGGUGGCUGUUCUGAUGGUGGUUUGCUCCUUCAUGGGCCUGCCGUGGUAUGUGGCCGCCACCGUCAUCUCCAUCGCCCACAUCGACAGUCUGAAGAUGGAAACUGAAACGUCAGCACCAGGAGAGCAGCCCAAGUUCCUGGGUGUGAGAGAGCAGAGGGUCACUGGAGUGUUUGUAUUCGUUCUAACAGGACUAAGUGUGUUCAUGGCUCCCAUAUUAAAGUUUAUCCCCAUGCCAGUCCUGUAUGGAGUCUUCUUGUACAUGGGAGUGGCUUCUCUUAACGGUGUUCAGUUUAUGGAUCGUCUGAAGCUGCUACUGAUGCCAGCCAAGCAUCAGCCAGAUCUGGUUUACCUGAGACACGUUCCCCUCAGGAAAGUCCACGUAUUCACCUUCUUGCAGAUUCUCUGCUUAGCGAUGCUCUGGAUCCUGAAGUCCACUGUGGCAGCCAUAAUUUUUCCAGUGAUGAUUCUUGCUCUGGUGGCUGUCAGGAAAGCCAUGGACUACAUAUUCUCCCAGCAUGACCUUAGCUACCUGGAUGAUGUCAUCCCAGAGAAAGACAAGAAAAAGAAGGAGGAUGAGAAGAAAAAGAACUGUGGCAGCCUGGACAGUGAUGCUGAGGAUUCUGACUAUCCUUACAAUGAGAGUGUUCCAAAUAUUAAAAUUCCCAUGGACAUCAUGGAGAAGGAGCCCUUUUUAGGUGAUAAGACCUCUGACAGAGAGAAGUCCCUGUCAUUCCUUGAUCGACACACAUCGUGCUGAGAAGCUUCGCUUCUACCAGGACAGCUACUUAUCCAGCCCUGAGACGACCCCGCUGAAGACAGUGCCUCAGAUUAGGAUAGAAAUGGACCCUGAAGAUGAAGACACCUAUUACUGGAGAGGUCGGGGCUCAGAGACGUGUCUCUAGAGGAUCAACCUAAUGCUUCCUGUCUUAUACCCACUUUAUAUGAAUCUUCACUUUUGUUUCCUACAUGAUUUGAAGACUGUUGUUUUAAAUCACUAGAACUGAAAAAGGGAUAUUUGAAAAAUAAGGACUUUAACCUCUUCCAUCUUCACCAUCAUGUUGGUAUCUUUCUCACAGGUCACAGUCUCACUGGUUGAUUACAUGUAACUUCUUACUACUGAUCUAUGCAACUCCUUCCACAUGCCCCUCCUCACAGUAACAUGUUGCAGCGCUCUCACUAAACAUGGAGUGCCAUCCCAUCUCUUUCACUUUUUCAUGUCAUCUCUUUAUAUAUAUAUAUAUACACAUUCAGAUUUAUUUUAUAUGUACCGGACUACUAUAAUACUUUCCUGUUGCAGGGAAAUUAUGUUUUUAUAGCUCUACCUCUUGACUUAGUUUCAGAUCAUAUGAACUACUGGAAUUUUGAUAAUUUUUUUCUCUGUCCUUUCAUAGAGUUGUAAUAAUUAAAAUGAAUCUGCUGUAUCAUAGGAAGUAGAGAUGUAAGAUAAUUAACUAUAAAUUAACAAAGCACAUUCAGGUGCAGGUGUGUAUUUUAUUUAACUGAUGCAGAACAGAUUGCUUCAAUUUGUUUCUAAUCUUUUCAAAAUCUUUCACAAUGUUUUGAUUAUAUUUUGUUUUUAAUUUGAUAUCUUUAUUGAUUUUUAAAAAUGAUAAUGUUGUGUACAUGUAGUACAUAUUUACGUGUUUUCUUUAUUAUUAUAUGCAUAGAAGAUCAACAUAAUCAUCCAACCUUCCUCUGCCAAGCAUUAAUUCUAACUGGGAAUGCAUAUCAUAUAAAGAAAUGAUUGUGCUGCAUAAACUCUUUUACCUAAGUGGCCUAUAAGGGAUUGAUUUGGACUGAAAUAGUGAUGGAAAGAUUGAUGAUGUGGAAAAUAAUACUAUCACAGCCUAUUAUCGCAGCAGAACUUGGUGUAUUUUCUCAGCUGUCCUCUGAAUUAUGGGUGGUGAAUUAUUUUUCUGCAUUUGCAAAUAUUUUAGGUUAUCAAAAUACACUGAAAAAAUGCAUCAGAUUUCAUCUCUGUCUCAGAUAUUUUGCUGCAUUUUGGUUCCUCUGUGGAUGUAAAGUUCAUUCAAACCCAUAUUUUAAACCCCAGCACAGCUCUCUAGAUUUUUCAGAGGUGGA